AUGGCCCUCCGUAUCCCGGGAAAGGGAAACUUCAAACCUGUAAAGCCUGUCAAGCCAGGUGUGCGCAGGCCACCGGCAGGCGCACCUCCCUCCAAGCCGCCUGCUCGCCCCGCUCCUCCCCCGGCAUCCGCACCACAACAACGGCCACCACCACCAGCAUCCACUCCCAACGACCCAGAACCACAACCCCCUGUGCCCGUGGCCGUGUCGGAAUUGCCGCCAGGCUUCACCCCAGCCGCUGAACCGCCCGUUCCAACUGUUGAGCCUGCUCCGGCCCAAAAAGUUGCCUCGCCCCCGCCACCAGGCAUCGCAGCGCCUGCGGCACCUCCUGCACCUCCUGCACGCGAGCGCAACCGCGAAGCCACUCCAACAUCCACACCACGUGCAGCUACGCCUGGCCGCUCGUUCUCGAGGGGGCCCUCUGCAGGGCCCGGAGGCCGUGGAGGGAUCACCAAGGCUCUCCUUGCCGCUGCUGCUUCGUCCACGACUCCCGUGCGAAAGCAUGCUGGUCGCGGAGGGAGGGACAAGCCCACUCCCAAGCCCAAGACGCCCGCCCCCACGCAGCCCACACAGUCGACCGUCUUCGAGUUCUCGUCCACCGUGCGCAGCUCGCCACCACCAUCCAUACAGGCCGAGAGCUCGUGGGGCCCUCCUGUGGUCGGCUCGUCUGCUCCUGCUCCACCCAUGGCGAGCCAGUCGUCCGAGCUUCCUCCAACGUUUGGCACCGCAAGCGACAUGCCUCCCACGAUCUUGUCGUUCCCAGGCGCGGAUGAUGCCCCGCCUGCGGUCGGCCGCGCAUCCUCGCCCGCACAAUUGACGGCAAACACUGCAGCCGACAUUGUGUCUGCGAUCGCAGCCGGAGCGGCCCCUGCCGAGGCCGCCGAGUCGUCGACGCCCAAGAAGCGCAAGACCAAGGCCACGACUGGGACAGAAGAGUCAUCCGCCAAACGCCGCCGAGGAGCGCAGGCUAGGGCUAGGCGGCAGGAGACUGAGGACGACAACGAGGAGGAGGACAGGGACGAGGAUGCGGAGGAUGACGAGGAGGAUGCCGAGCCAGCUAGCGAACGCAAGAAGCGUGGACCUCGAGGAAAGUACGGUUCACGCGGCAAGGCCGGAACGAUCAAUGACCGCCGCACAACGGCCCACAAGCGCCAGGUUGCCGUCGCCCACCCCGAGCUCGAUGGCGUCGAGGUCAACGAGCUGGUCGGAACCGAAGUCAACCCAACAACCAUGACGAUGAGCGACCUCGCCACCACCCUCGUCUCCCAGGGCCGUGUCUCUGCACGUACACUCAAGCUGCACCAGUUCCAGCGUUCUGAAGGAGAGCGCAAGGCCAAGCUGCGUGUUGAAAAGACAGAACGCAACUGGCGCCGCAGGCAGAUUGUCCGUCGCAAGGCUCGCCAGCUCCGCAACGAGCGCCGAGAAGAGCGCCGCGAGAUUGCCAGGGAGGAAGGUGAUGCCGCUGCUGAGAUCUCGGAAGACGAAGCCGACUCGGAGGAAGACUACGAGCCCGACCCGGACCGUCUCACGCCGCCUGGAUCGCCCAAGAAGGCCGAGCGUGUCGCCCCUAUCGUCUUUGAGCCUGUCGAUGAUGAGGCUGCCGAGGGCGAAGGCGAGGGAGGAGAGGGAUCCGGUGCUAUGCGUGCCCCGGCCGAUGGCGACGAGGACAUUGAGGGCCUGGGUUUGACUGGCGGCCAUGGCGCCGACAAUGACCACGAGGAGGAAGAGGACGUUGGCGAGGUUGUGGAGGGCUUCCAGCUUCCUGUCGAGCAAGACGGCGACGACUUCGAAGGUCUCGAGGCCAGCAACUACCAAGGUGGCUACCUCGACGAAGAGGGCAACUGGAUCGAGAAGGAGACCAACCAUGCCGCCGCUUUGCACCAACGUAACGAAGAACACCGUCGUCGCAUUCUCGAGGGUGACCACGACCAGCCCGUCGAGCUGAUUGACAACGACACCCAGUUUGUCAACUCGUCUACUUGGGGUAAAAAGGUCGCCAACGACCGCUGGACCACCGAGGAGACGGAGCUGUUCUUUGACGUCCUUCGCGAGACUGGCGAAAACUAUAGCCUCAUGAAGGCCUACUUCCCCGGCCGCUCGGUCCGCCAGCUCAAGAACAAGGGUACCCGCGAGAACCGCAACAACCCUCAACGCAUGACAGACGCCAUCUUGAACCGCAAGCCGAUGGACAAGGAAUACCUUGCCAAGUCUGCUGGGUUCAACGUCGAGACGCCGUACGACCGCGAGAAUGCCUUCUUUGAAGAGGUGGCCAAGGAGAAGGAGCGCGUGAUCCUCGGGCUGGACCUGCCUCCCGCGGGCGAGGGCGAGGGCGAGGCCAACGAGAAGACCGACUGGGUCCCCGAGGAGUUUGGGGAAGAGGAUCUCCAGAUCACGAGGAUUUAG